AAUAUCAGUUUCUUUGAGGAAAUGUACACCAACGUGUGUCUAGUUUUCGUCAUUGUUCUCUGUUAUUCUUUGGUUUUCGGUUGUCUGAUAACCAACUGUCCAAGAGGUGGAAGAAAAAGAAAUGGAAAAAUGGAGGGCGAUAUACAACCUUGUACUUCUUGUGGUCCAGGAUUAACAGGGCAAUGCUUUGGCCCUAAUAUUUGUUGUGGUCAAUUUGGAUGUCUCAUAGGAACCAGCGAUUCACUUAAAUGCAAGUACGAGGGCUUGUUCAACGGGCCAGAACCUUGCAUAGCAGGAAACAGUUCUUGUAGAUGGAAACAUGGACGAUGUGCAACUCAAGGAGUUUGUUGCAAUCAAGGUAAAUGUUUCACAAGUUUUUACUUGUUACUCAAUGUACUAGAUAUUUCGCCUUACCAGGGCAUCAUCAGAAGGAAAGUUCUACUAAAUAAAAAUCUUACAAAUGUAGGUACCCUAAAUAUUGAGUGAGCUGCAUUGGGGCCCUUCAAGUUUUUUAGUGAUUUUUCACCUUCCCUCCGCCCUUAUAACGCACCAUAAGGUUUAGUUUCACCACCUUCCCUUCUCUAAACGUUACGUAACUCUCAUAUGGUCAUUUUUACCUAAAAAUGUCACGCCAAAUACCGGAUAAUCAGUAACUCUUUUUUUUUUUUUUAACAAAGACAAUGCAAACUUUGUGCCCUCCAUUCCUCCACCCAUGUAACGUACCAUCCCAACCACCCCAAACUGCGUUAGGUAAUACUUGAACGGUCCCAUAACGAUUUAAGGCUUUAAGAGAGAAUUGUUAUAGUUGGUGAUUGGUUGCAAUUUUUUUUAUAAGGUGUAUAUAUAUAUAUUUCAACAUGAUAGCACUCCACAUAGGGAUUUAAUUUAUUUUGUGGGCAUUAUCCUU